GUUGUGCAGUAGCAGUAUCGUGAAUGUAGCAGUAGCGUAGAGGCGGCACAGGCGGAUUAUUAUGCACAGAGACCAGUGGGCAUAUUGAAAAAGUAUUGCUGACAAGUCUUCAGAUAAUUCAGUUUGUGGUAUGCUCUCAGAGGCAACCAUUGCGCUGUGUUCCUCAUCUCCUGUGCAUGGAUACCUGGAUCUUGUAACAAGAGCACUUGGGAAAACUUCAGAUGCUACUGCUGCUAGGGCUCCCCACCCUGAAAUAGUGGGACGAAUUUCUCUGCCAGCGUCCCAAGAGAGUAAUGGUGGUCAAUUGGGUUCUCCCAGCAACCCGAGCUCCUCCCUAGCUUCUCCCAGCAUUGUCAACUCAUCAAAAGCUAACAGUCUCUUGGAAUAUUCUCAGCUUGGCUGCUUGUCGCUUGGUUGGCAAGACAGCCCUGAUAUUGUCUCCCUCUUCUUGUCAGGGCAGCUUCAAAAAUACAAGCAAUCUGAAUGCAAUCUAUCGUUCUUUGAUCAAGACCAUGAAGCUCUCUUUAAACCUUCAGACUUUGAAAUGAAAUGCUCCAUUUUGAUGAUGAAAGACACAGAUACCAAGGGGCUGUGUCAGUGUUCAACUUCGAUUAGUGAAGAUGAACGUAUUUUUGAAAAGAAUGCCUUUCAGGAGCUACAGGCAAGUGUCGACUGUGAAAAGUGUGGGGAAGUUUGCCUAUCUCGAUUGAGAAUGAAUAUUGAAAAUCUUAAUGCUGACAUCAAAUUGUUGAGCACUGACGAGUUGACCCAAAGCUUCCAAGACAUGGGGGAUGGGCAGUCUUUUAAUGGGUCCUUAACAGACGCUGUUUCUGAUGGUUCAUCCCACGUCAAGUCUGCCUCCAACAAGGAUAAUCUGUAUAGUACCACAAUCAUUGCAGGUAGAGAAAAAGUGGGUUCCAGUACUGGUAACUUUUCCACUGAUAUCAUCGGAGGACAAGAUUAUGCAAGUUCGGGCCCUGCAAAAGUCAAUUUAUUCAGCACCACGAUCAUUUCAUCACCUGAUGUUAUUGACUGCAGUACACAGCUUCCAUCAAGCCCGCUGCCUCACACCAAAGGCUGUGUGCAGAUGGCUGGUAGCAAUGAAGAAUCUUAUCGUAGUUCUCCCUCAUCAAAUCAUGCUGCUUCUACCCCUUCUAAAUUAUCAACGUGUGGCUCACUGAAGAACUUGACUAGACAGUUUCACCAAGAUCAAACUCCCCACGUUCCUGCAGGUUAUAUAAGGAGAUGCCCGCGUCACAAUGACGACGACUCAAAAGAUCGCGUUUGUUCAAUUGAUCAAAGCUCUAUGAACCCAUUUGACUCGUGCACCGACAGCCUGCAGAUGCCCACUGUGAGUCCAUCACUAUUCAAAGAGGUAAUUUCACCAGCCGGAGGAGAGAAAAGUGCCUCAGAUUUCAGGUGGUCUAUUGAACAGAUUGCGUUACUUAAUCCAGCUCAUAUAGAACUAACUUCUCCUCAAACCCAUGUUGACUCUCCCCAAGACUUGGAGUAUGAGAAAAAAGCCCAGGAGGCAAUAGAAAAGUUUUUCUCUAGGCGGUGUAUCUUGCCAAGCCCAUGGACCAAUUCAGGACCCAAGAGCAGAGUUGGUGAUCUGAGUGAGAGACAUAAAUACAGUAGCUGCACUUCAGGGUCUGUGCAAACUCCACUGUCAAGCGAUUGCCGAAACUUCACCCCUGCCGCGGCCAGUCCUUCCUUUCCUAUGCCUUUGCAUAAUGCUCCUAAAGGCGUCAGUAUUUCUUGUCAAACAAACUUAUCGUUCCCGCCCGUGUUGCCGGCACAUGUAGAAUCGUUGUUUGCGCUCUACUCUCAGGCAGCUGAGAGUAAAACUCCUGAUGGAGCAAGUGCAACAAAUGAUGUCGCUUGUUUUAACAAUACUUCACUACGUCGGCGACUGCUCUUCAGUAGCGAAGACUCCAAAUCUUGCAGUCCAUCCCUAACAAGCUUUUCUGGAAAAUCAGCAGAUGAUAAAUCAGAGGGCUCGCCAAUACUGCAAACGUGUUUUCCUAGGAAAGACGGUGUUUUUCAUCAUCCAAGUGAAGUUGCGGCAGAACCCACACCACCAAUAAUGUCUCCAGUCUAUAUGUAUUCCACAGACAUAGGCCGUGAAGCUAUGAGUCUGUCACCAAUUGCUGGGGACUUGCAGCAAUCUUCAUUUGAUUUAAAUAUUUAUCACCGUCAAAGUUCGCGUAUGAACCAAGAUUCCUUUCAUGGUCCAAUGUGCAGCUUGUCACCAGAUGUUGGAUCGCAGAAACAGUUUCUUAUAGAUACUAAUUGCAAAGAGCAAGCUUUAAUCCUUCCGCCAUCUCCACAAUUUUCGCCCAUCAGAUGUGACAUUUCUCCACGUGGCGUCAAAUGCAACGAUUGUGGUGAACUGAAAUGUGAAUGUGCUACGACUGAAACUAAUUCAACAAGCCAGGAUCUUGCAGGAUAUCAACGUGAGUGCAAUGAAACUUGUUCUUCAACUCAAGGGUCUAAUACCAUAACCUUCAUGUCUUUCACGACUCCUACCAAAGAUUUCAUGUCUUUUACAACCCCUGAUGAAGGGGUUAGGUCUCUCACAACCCGUGCUGAAGACCGCACUUCGUUUACUACCUCUGCUGCCAACUUUACGUCUUCAACAACCCCUGAUAAAAACCUGAUGUCUUCCACAACUCCAGCCGGAAAUAUCACUUCAAAGACAAGCAUGACCGGAACUCUCUCGACUACCACAACACUUUCCAAAAGCUUCCUAUCUUCUGCCGAAAGCCUCACGUCUGUUACAACCCCUGUCCAAAGCGCGUCUUCUAUUACAGUCUCUAGGGAAGACCUAAAGAUCCCUGCAAUGAACACCGCCUCUUGCACGUCAUUGCUUGGGCAGCCUGUUACAAUGGCUCAGCUUAGUCAUCUUUCCCCUAUUAAAUUUGUUGACCAGUCAGAAAGUACUGCUUCCAGUCCGGAAUUUUGCUCAGGUUUGAUGUAUGACAGCAAUGUUCCUAUGUCUUCUUCACAAAAAUGUGACAAAUUGAGUGAGAUUUCAUCUUUGAUGAAAAUCCGUGAUGAUAUGGAACACGAUGAACACAGCUACUCACACAAAUUUUGCCAUGAUGAUCUAUCAAAUAAAUUCAACUUGGUUUCUUCAUCUAACAAACCCACCGGUGCGUGCUACUCAUUAUUUAAAUCAAAUGAGCCUUCUUCAGCCGCAGUCAGCACUGCUUUAGCUGCAAAUGAAUUUAGCAAUGCUUCAGUCCCAAAUGUAUUCAGUGACGCUCCAGCUGCAAACAAAUCCAGUGAUGCACCAUCUAUUUUUAAUUUCAGCAACACAUUUUCUCCUACAACAAGCAAUGCUUUUCUAAGAUUGAACGAAUUAAGAAAUUCUCAGACAUCGAGUUUUAGUGUCAAUUUUACCUCUAAUAAAUUUGAAGACACUUCUACAUCCAAAGCUUUGAAAAACAACUCGCCAUUAUACAAGAUAAACGAUCCUCCCCAUUCAAAUAGAUUUAAUGAAGUUUCUCCUUUUAAAAUAUUCGGCAACUCGUCUCCUGAGUUCAAACUGAGCACGAAUUACCUCUCCUACAACUCCAGCAGCUCCUCCAAAAGCUCCAGUGUUUCAGGCAGCUCCAGGUUCUUGAGCAGCUCCAAUGCUUCAAGUGGAUCAAGCUGUGACUCCCGUGAACACAAAUCCUAUGGAGACUCCAGCACCAUGGAGCAAAGCGGUCAAGUGCUCCUGCAUAUGUCAGACGAAGGCGGCCUCAGUCUCAGUGACUGUCCUAGCUCCUGCCUCAGCACGCUGCCCGACACCGACGAGUCUUUGGCAGCUCCGACAUUGAGCGUUGGCGGUUGUGACGUUGGCAGUGGCAUUGACGGUGGUGUUGGUGGCAAUGGCAGUGGUGUUGGUGGCGGCAACCCAACAGCGUCUCAGAAGCGCCCACUGUUUUGACCUCAUAAAAAAGUUUCAUGAUAUAUUCACAAACCGUGUUUAUCCAGGCUACGGUUGACUCAAAUGAUUCUUGAACAGAAAAAAGAUAGAUCAACAUUAAAGAUGAACCAAGGCAUGAUCAAUUUAAUCCAUGAUUAAUUAAAAAUAUGCCAUGAAACAAUAAAAGUGCCAAUAAUAAGCCUUCCAACCUUCGCACUGAACUUGUUCAUUUUAGUGUAUAUUGUUACGUGAUAGUUAUUGUGCUCAAUUUAGUUGUUAGUGCAUGUAAAUUGACUUCUUGUCUGACAUUACCGGUAGAUUCUGUGAGUUUGCUGCGAGGAUAGACCGUUGAAAGCUGUUUUGUGUGUCAACUCGAUAGUGGGUUGAAUAUCACUUGUACAUUGUCGAUGUAUUGCUUAGUGUGAUUUGUUGGAAUAAUGAAUAGUUGAACUUA